UCCACGUACGUGGGAAGCGCAUCUUUUAGUUUUCUUUUGUACUGAAACCAGAUACUUCUCCCCUUUUCUUCUCGCUGCUUUGCUGCUCGCCCACACUCACAAUUCUCCCCCGAACUCUAUCCACCGGCGACGUACGGAGACUGGCGCUCUCCCUCUUUGUCACUGGUAUUCCGAUACCACCGGUCAAUGGACACUCGAUUAUCCCCUUUUCGUUGCCUAUUUCGAGCUCGUUCUCUCUUUUAUCGCUGCCCAGAUCGACCUCGCCAUUGUUAACCUUCAUGAAGGUCUCAAUUACAAGGCUAAUUCUGUUAUUUACUUUCAAAGAAUCACUGUUAUGGUCGCUGAUUUGAUUCUUCACUAUGCCAUUUAUCGAACUACUCGGAAUUUGGAUUCGACGAAACGGAGGCUGAUUCUGUUCUUUUUUGCGGUUUUGUUGUGCUGUAAGCACUUGUUUGCUGUUGUCGCGCCUGUUUAUUUCGUCUAUUUGUUGCGGCAUUAUUGUAGAGGAGGUUUGUUCAAGGGUUUUGGACGGCUUUUGCUGAUGGGGAUGGCGGUGGUGGUGGUUUUUGUUGCGGCUUUCUGGCCGUUUGUGUAUCACGAUCAGGUUUUCAAAACUCUAAGGGAGGAGCCCUUUACCAAAGAGGAGUUGGAUGAAGUUCGAGACAAGUGGGCUACUUACUUCAACGAUCGUGAACUACCCUCAGUGUAAUAAAUAGAGCAGGCUUGUAGUUAUCUGUGACUCUUACAUUAUUUUGUUAUUUAUCGAUUUAAUUAAUUAAAUUUGAAUUAAUUCGGUAAUAUUAUUGGAAAUUUUAAAUUUAUAUCAUUUUUGAGGAAUGUCAAGCUGAUGUUUGGUGAAACAAUAUUCUAUAAAUUAUAAUGCAAAAUUUUAUAUUGUAAAA